GUUGACGGUUUGAUUUUGGUGAGUUCGAAUGUGUGAGCUGGAUCUGUACCGUACAUCAUCAGCCUGACCAGCUUCUUCGCUCAGCUCAAAAGCAGCCAGCCCGCCGCGGUUGGUAGUAGUAACGAGAAAAAAAAACAGAAAAACGAGCAUAGCAGUGGGUGGUGCUCGCCCUCUUUCGACCCCAUCGAUUGCGGGCGGGGGAUGGAUGCUCAAACGCUCAAAGUCGGCGGAAGACCGAAGAGGACUCGAGAGCACGAGAGACAAACUCCUCGUCGUCUCGUAUGCUAGCCAGCAGUUGGUGAAGAGAGGAAGUGCGUGCGAAAGCAACUUUAGCAAUUGAAUCGCAGCAGUGUGGUUAACUGUUUGGUCAAGUUUUUCCUCUUUUUACUUACUAUCGACUCGAUUUUUCAUCUAUCCACUUUCGGUCCUGAUCUGGCGGUGAUCUGCGAUAGUUUUUGAGUUUACGAGUUGAACGGACUAACAGUGAAAGUGGAACUAAAGCGACGCUGGAAGUUACAUUUGCCAGUGGAAUAUAAGUGAUCUCUAAUUGAAUGAUUCGCUGAUAAAUAGUACUAACCUAACAAAAAGUGCUGUCGAGAUUUUCCGUCGAUUUUCACACUUCGUCCUUGUCUAAAGAUUUUAAAACUGUUUUAGUUUGUUAUGUCCUAAGAUUCGUAACAAUGAUAAUGUUGGAGCGAUUGGUGGCAAACUAUUAGUCGAAAAUGUCGUGCUGAUUUUCCACCAAACGUGAGAUCGAAAAAAUGGACUCGGAUUUUCCAUGAUAGAUGUGUAGCAGCAGCAGCAGCAGCACCCACACCAUUCUCGGAGGGAGAGCGGAUGUUUAGAAAAACGACAAUCUGGGAGUGAAAACAUUAUCAAGGGCGACAUGGCGAGCAGUGUUUCAGUGCCAAUCGUAUAAGUUGCCAAAAAGUUGGUCACACAUCAUCGUCGAAAGCAGACUGGAACGGCAGCAUCGAUUGGGCAUGUGCUGGAGCAGGUGGAAAAGUGCAAUUGGGAAAAUAUUACACCGCCAGUAAGUGCAAUCAUCAUAUUCGAAAGUCGUGCCGCGCGACCGGAAAACGAUGGUAACGAUGACCACGGAGAUCGAUAAAGACAAGGCGCUAUCCCUAAGCGCGACGAAGAAAAUUGCAUCAGUGGAGAAAGACAAAGAAAGGGAAAAAGAUCGCGAUAAGGAGAGGGAUAAAGACAAAGAUAGGAAUGCGAUAAGUAUCACCAGCGCGAACAACUGCAGGGCCGAUAUCAGUGGGACGAGCUCCGGAAGUGGUUUUCCCAGUGGAAAUCGAGCCAGUCAAUCCCGUAGCUCGCAUGGAGCUAUGAAUCAGGAUGCACCUAACAUUUUAGUAUAUAAAAAGAUGGAGGCAAUCGUCGAGCGCAUGCAAAAUGAAGAGGGAGGCGUUUCGGUGCGCACCAUCAAAGCUUUCAUGAGCAAAGUACCGUCCGUAUUUACUGGAGCCGACCUGAUUGCGUGGAUCAUGAAGAAUCUCUGCAUCGAAGAUGUGGCCGAAGCAUUACAUAUAGCGCAUCUGCUGGCAUCUCAUGGGUAUUUGUUUCCCAUCGAUGACCACCAACUGACGGUAAAGAACGAUGGAACCUUCUACCGCUUCCAGACGCCCUACUUUUGGCCCUCGAACUGUUGGGAACCGGAAAACACCGACUAUGCGGUGUACCUUUGCAAGCGUACGAUGCAGAACAAAACUCGCCUGGAACUGGCAGACUACGAAGCGGAAAAUUUGGCCAAACUGCAGAAAAUGUUCUCCCGGAAGUGGGAAUUCAUUUUCAUGCAAGCGGAAGCACAAAGCAAGGUGGAUAAAAAACGUGAUAAGUUGGAACGAAAGGUGCUUGACUCACAGGAACGAGCAUUCUGGGAUGUGCAUCGCCCCAUGCCAGGUUGCGUCAACACAACUGAAGUCGAUAUUAAGAAGGCAUACCGCCGGGGUGCGUCCACCCAUGGUUCCGGAUCAUCUGGCGCGGCCGUCAAUAGCAAUCCAAUUGAGCAACUCACUAGACAAAUUAAGCUGCUAAAACUCAAGCUAGAACGUAGAACUAUUAAGAUCUCCAAAGUAGCCGAAUCUUACAUUUCAUAUUUUGAACAGUAUCAUGAAUACGAUUAUUUUCUCACAACGCCUGAUCAGCCAAAUCCAUGGAUCACCGACAAUAUUGAGAUGUGGGAUGCUGAUCGAACUGCCAAAGACGUUUCCCUAAAGCGCGUCAAGCGAUGGGGCUUCAGCCUACGAGAGCUUCUGAUCGAUCCGGUUGGAAGGGAACAGUUUUCGAAAUUUUUGGAUAAAGAGUUUAGCGGAGAGAAUUUAAAGUUUUGGGAAUCAGUUCAGAGCAUGAAAGCCCAACCGCAGUCCAAGGUGAAAGAGGCGGCCCAUGCCAUCUAUCUGGAGUUUUUGGCUCCGGAAGCGCCCUGUCCGGUGAACGUUGACUCGAAGUCCAUGGAGUUGGCCCGGGAAGCGGUUAGCAGCUCGGCCCCGCCGAAUCGGUGGUGCUUCGACGUUGCAGCAGCGCAUGUGUAUCAUUUGAUGAAAAGUGACUCAUAUUCACGAUACUUGCGAUCCGAUAUGUACAAGGAAUAUUUGAGCGGGUCCAAGAAAAAGGUUAAAUCAAUACCGAACUUGUUCGGUGUUAAGCGUUAGGCGUUUUCGGGUGUGACAUGUUGGAACAAGAACAGAGCACCAGUUAUGACGAAUGAUAAACAGAGCGUUUUAGCCAGGUUUUACCAAACACAUGAUCAUUCAUUCUGCUCGAAUAGUCACCAAGCAGCGAUGACAUUAUGCCAUAUGGGUAGAAGUACUUUGCUCAUCCUGUGUUAUUAUUGCGGGGAAAGUAAAGAGAUAGUUAUUCGUAUGAGCAAUUGUGUAAAAUCAAAAACCAAACCAAGGAACAUAAGGAAUUGUUAAAUAUAUACUACUACGUUAGAAAGAUUCGCCGAAGCUUGCUCCGGAAUACUGCAUGUGUAUUACAAUUUAUCUAAUAAUAUAUUUAAAAGAAAACAAAAAAGGAAACCCAUAAACAAGCCGAAAAAAACUGCGCGAUAACUGCGAAAAUAGAUCCAAUGAAUUUUAGGUAUAUUAUUAAGAAUCCGAAGAUAUAUACUAUAUAGAUGACAAAUUGUCAAUAGAAA